AUGACCGACGGGCCAGCUCGACUACCUUCAGAGCUGCUUCUAGAGAUCUUUGGUCAUCUCUCGCACCAGGAAAUGCGCACCAUCUUCCAAGUGAACUCAUACUUCCGCCGCAUCGCCCAACCUUACGCCUAUCGCUACGGCACGAUGACCAAGUUCGGACUACAUUUCCCCGGAGCCACGCAUCCGUACCCCUUCUUUGAUGACCCCGAUUCUGAAGCCUUGAAGAUAACGGAGAAGAAGAGGGAAUGGAUCGCAAGCCAAUUGGAGCGCAUCGAUGUUGUGCCGCACUCAGAACUCGAUUGCGCCUCCCCGCCCCCGCAUACCCUUUGCCCGGUCGUGCUCGAUGUCCUCCGUCUCGACUGGCAUAUCUCCUCCGAUCCUGGGUUCUGCAUACCUGAAAAUGGCAGCGGUCGCAUGCACGAGUACUCCAUCAACUUUGGUGGGUGCGCAUUCCUCAAUGCGGUGCUUCAGAACUGCCCGCAAGGCUACAGAGAAGUCAUUGCUAGGGGUGUGCCUCGUCCAGACGGCUCGGGUGCGAUGUACCCGGAGAACUACCCAGUCACUACCCGAAGACAUGUAUCGGUACUCUGCAGCCAGCCGCCAUCGGUCCCGCGAACAAGUGAUUGUCUCACCCAGCCUGACCUGGAGACAUUCGAUGUGAGCGGACGACAGUGCGGUGAGCACCUGGAGGUAAUAUUCUGGACCACCCGCCCCGGCCUGGCAUGGAUCCCUCCUUGCGAGUUCUAUGUCAACGGCGACAUGCUCAACGCGAAUGUCUGCCACCCCAGAGGGGAAACGGUGUGGUCCCGUCUCUUCGACAUUGCCUACUUCCACCGUCUGAAGACGGUUACAGUCGUCAACGCCACCGCUAUCGUCCCACCCGGCUCCAUGCCUGACGAACACGAGGUUCGACUGAGCCGAGGAGAGGUCAAAAUGAAAGACAACGAGGAUCUCUUCAAUGCGAACGCGGAGCAGCAGAAGGAGUGGCUGAGUAACCCGAUUACAGCUACGUUCGAGUUUAUCACGAUGGAGCAGUGGAUCAGACGAGACACCUGGGCGGAUGUCUUCACCUACGCUGAACUGGACCCUUGGCUGAAGACGAUGCACGAGGAGGCGUAA